AUGCUCCAGGGUGCUGGCGAGGUUAGUGGGCCCCUCUGGGGCUGGGAUGGUGACGGAGAGGACGACUGGGGUGGGGCUGUACUCACCUUGCUGGCGCUAGCCGCGGUAGCCACCAUAGCACUGACUUUGCAGUGGUUUGGCUCCAGGCAGGACCAGGAGGCAGACAGAUCAGCACCCACACCUGCGGGUGUGCAACGGGUUGAGGCUGAAGGAAACACGUUGGCCCUGCACCCGAAGUCCAAGGACAGUGAUGCCAGUGAGGGGCAGAGCAAAGGGCGGGAGAAAUCAGAGGCUCCUGGAGAUGGCCACAGAAGACCAGCUACAGCCAGGGCCCAGGACUCAGAGCCAUCACGAGGCAGAAGUGCGGAAUCAGACGCUUGGCUUUCACUCAAGACACCUGGAGAGGUGGCCAGCAGAGGGAUCAUCCCAGCAACCAUGGGAAAGAAAAGAAGGGAGCCACCCAGGCCAGAAACUUCCUUCCAGGGCCACAGCAAAGCAAGGGAUAUUCCUGUCCCCAUCACGAUCCGUUUUACUCCUCGAAGUCCUGAUUGCCAAACUGAGAUGCAGGUGGUGGCAGCUGGCACCUGUGGUAAGGGGGCAGCUCAGCAGGACCCUGUCCAUACAGAGCAACAGGAAACCAGCCCGUGGCACCUGGCUGUGGGGACUCCUGGGCCCCUGGGGAGAAGCCUAGGCAGCUUGCGCAGGCGGCGGCGACCCGGUGCCAGAUCAGGAGACCGACCCUGCCGUCCUCUAAAGCUGGACCCCCUCCGCCUGGGCACUGUGGUGAGUGUGUGGGAUGCUGUGGAUUUGGCAACUGCGGCCACUCGGGACAUCUUCACCAGCAGUUCCCUUGCAGGUCCCUCAUCGCACCACUCACGCAGGGGGUUUAAGGGUCCUGAGGAGAUGGGCCUAGCUGAUGCCGUGGAGAGUCGACCUCUGGUGGACUCCGGGGACGUGUGUGGGAGGAGCGGCCUUCAGCUUGCUCCCGUCAGCAUUGCAGGCUCAGGGGCUAAGGACGGGGAGAACAGGGAGCCUGGGUCCCCUGCCCCUCGGGAGACUCAGGGGAUUCUGACUGAUGAGGAAGCCUGGUCCCGGGAGAGUGGGGCAGCUGUUGUCACCAGCAACUUCACGUCCUCCCAGGGCCCCUUGCCAGAAGAGCUGCACCCUGAGGCCUGUGAAGAGGACCAAGUUGCUGACCAGAGCAGGAUGGAGAAAUCAGGAGAUGGCCACCUCAAUAGCCAAGGGAGAGGCUCCCGUCAGGGCAAGGAGAGUGAGCAGAUAGCUGGAGGUUCAGAUGCUGGCCAGAGGGCUGUGCUUAUCUCGGACAAGACCAAGUCCGCUGGUGGCUUCAGCUGCACCCCCUCUCACAAUCUUCCAGCAUCUCCUCUGACCCUGAACACAGAGCUGGUUCCAUCCUCUGCCACGGCAGUACAUCGCAGCCCUGGGUUUCCACACGCAGUCUCUACCUUUGCUCCUUUAAACAGUUUGUCUCUGGAGGUUAACCAGGGUGGUGAAAAUCUCAGAGCAGGACCAGCCUCCCUUCCAACACAGACUUUAGCCUCAGCAGGAGCCCCAACUUCAGCCCCGGAAGCAAUCCUAUCACCAUCCUUAAUAUCACCCCCAACCUUUACCUCAGCCCCAUCAUUAACCCCAGCCCCAGUUAAAGCCUUAAGCUCAAUUUCAACACCAACCCCAUCCCCAACUCCAGUUACAGCCUUAACCCUAAAUUCAACACCAACCUCAUCCCCAACAGCAGCCUCUGCCCUAGUUGAAGCCCAGGUUUCUGCAGUCGACAGUGAACUAAGACCUAUGUCUCAGGAGUCAAGUGUGGGCCUCUCCAAGCGCUCCCUGGAUGGACGAAUCUCAGCUAGCUGGGGAAACCUUAUUGCCAUGGUUCUUAGAAGUCACCCCUUCCCAAGGCAAGAAAAGGCUGAUGGUAGUGCCCCAAGAGCAGAUCUUCAGAGUCCUGCUCAGCCCAACACAUCUGCAUACUUGGGCGGUAGACAGCCAGGUACCUUAGCCUCUGCAGGGGCACUCUCCAGCCUCCAGGACAAACACAGACCACCAUCAAUCUUGGUCACACCAGUAGGUUCAGGGGGCCAAGCUGAGGGCAGAUGUGAAACGCAGCCGAUGAGCGUGGAUACUAGUGUGUCUUCCACUCGGGACCCCAGAGGAGAUGAAACCAAGGAGGAAAGUCAAGAAUCUCGGGCCCCAGCUGCAAAGCCUGAGGCUGUCCCAGAGUUCCCUGCGUCGGCACAGCCUGGUCUUGUCCCAUCUACUAUGAAGCAUGAAGCUCAGCCCAUCCCUCAGCCUCGGCGGAGAAAACGUAGCUUAGCUCAGAGCUCUGAACAGAUACUUACUCAAGAAGUAUCCCAGAAGCCCACGGGGCAGGGGCUAAAGGAGGGAACCAGACCUUCAGGCAGCAGGGACGUCCUCACAGAGAAACAGAAAGAGACACAAAAGCUUAUGAUUUUUCUGCAGAAGCCUGGCAGCUGGGGAGUGGUGGAGGGGUCUCAGAAGUCCCGCUCACAGGCCUCGCAGCCUACCACAGCGCUAUGGCCUCCAAAGCUAGAUCUAGGCAGCUGCUUGGAGGUUUUGGCCUUUGCCCAGCAGCAUGGAGAGCUGGGCUUAGCCCAGGACACCUAUGUCUUGAUGAGCAACAACUUGCUGCAUGUCCUGGGAGACCCACACCUCUACCGACAGCUGAGUGGCGCCGAUAGGGAGCGCAUCCUGAACCUGCGGACCUGCCAGGGCCAAACAGUGCUGGGGGUCCUCGAGCUGCCCAGCCUUUAUCAGGUGAGCCGCUCAGGGCUCACGAGGGGCCCUCCUGGUGAGGACGCACCGGCAACCAGGCCUGAGCAUUUGCAUUUUCAUACAUACCUUCAUGUGUUCAACCCACAAGAGAAUGUGUGGCGGCCCCUGAUUCAAGUACCAGAGGAGGUCCCACUCCGGGGAUGUGGUCUGUGCACGAUGCAUAACUAUCUGUUUCUGGCAGGUGGCAUCAGAGGUUCUGGUGCCAAGGCUGUCUGCUCUAACAAGGUGUACUGCUACAACCCUCUGACCAACAUUUGGAGCCAGGUUCGGCCCAUGCAGCAAGCCCGGGCCCAGCUCAAAUUGGUGGCUCUGGAUGGGAUGCUUUACGCCAUUGGUGGUGAGUGCCUGUACAGCAUGGAGCGCUAUGACCCACGCACAGAUACCUGGACCUUGAGAGCAUCCCUUCCCGAGGGCACCUUCCCUGUGGCCCAUGAGGCUGUGGUCUGCCGAGGAGAAAUCUAUGUCACGGGGGGUCACCUCUUUUACCGCCUGCUCAGAUACAGCCCAGUGAAAGACUCAUGGGAUGAGUGUCCCUAUAGUGCCAGCCACCGGCGCUCCAGUGAUAUGGUGGCACUAGGCGGCUUCCUAUACCGCUUUGACUUGUUGCGGGGCGUAGGCGCUGCGGUGAUGCGCUACAACACAGUGACAGGCUCCUGGAGCCGUGCUGCCUCCCUGCCCCUGCCCGACCCUGCCCCGCUCCACUGCACAGUCCUGGGCAACACCAUUUACUGUCUCAACCACCAGGUCACCGCUACCUUCACUGUUUCUGAGGGGACUGCCCAGUUCCAGGCCAAGGAGCUGCAGCCCUUUCCCCUGGGAAGUAAGGGGGUUCUCUAUCCAUUCACUCUGACUUUGCCCCCCAAGACCUGGUUACAGACCACAAUCUAA